AUGGUCAGUACACGCCGCAGUGCCCUCGUCGUUCACCCGAGCUGACAGCAUGCUCGUUCUACGCACAGUCGACGCAUCGUGAAGCCAAGUCGGUCCUUGUCCUCCUCCUCCCCCUGGUCGCCCUCCCGCUCCGCUCGUCCCCCAUUGACUGACACUGCACUGCUUCCCCCCUCCUCAGAUUCCCCGACAAGGACUAUGUCGAGUAGGCCAUCCAGUUCCAAUCAUUCGCUCUCACCGAAGAACCAGCUGAUCUCGUGCACCACCUCCAACAGCCCAACUCCGAUGCCCUCCUCGAUCCCACACGUCGACGAACUCGGCGUCACUUCGGCUCCCCUCAAAUCCGCGUCCUUCUUCAUCGGCGAACACUGCCAAAAGUACAACGGUCAGUUUGGGAACUGGCUGGGUGGAAGUCGAUAUCGCGAGGGGUUCAACGCGAGCCGAGCCGAGCCGAGCCGAGCCGAGGGCGACUCCGCACCUCACGGCGGGCUCACCACUUGGACGAUCGUAGAACUUCACGACUGACCUCCGACUCUUCCUUCUUACCACAGAGGACUUCAUGCUGUGCAAAGCCGAGAACAGGAACCCGGAACAUUGCUUGAAGGAAGGCCGCAAGGUCACGAGAUGUGCUCAGGACUUGUAAGUGCUCGCAUCCUCAUCGUCGACUGCGACUCAGACACCUCUAACAUGCUUUGCAUGCUGUGCGCAGGAUCACCAAGGUGCGAUCGACGUGUCUGGCAGAGUUCAACGCCCAUUGGGAGUGCUUGGAGCGGAACAACCAGGUCAGUAAGAUCAAGAUCGGGCUGCCCUCCCCCGUUGAGAGCAAGUGCCGAGAUUGAUCUCAGAGAUUGGGUUUUGGUACAGGAAUUCUACCUGUGUCGCAAACCGGAACGAGUGUUCAACUCUUGCGUAUUCGAGAAACUGGUGCGUGGACGUCUAGGGCAUUGGUCCCGGUUGGUUUGGGGUUUGGGCGAUUACUAACGGAUCGUCUCUCCCCUUGACUUGGAUUCAACUUCGUUCGCUCUCCGACUCGUUCAUGUCAUCAAUCGAAUACGCCGAUGCGACUCCACGCCGUACGAUAUGCCCCUCUCCCCCCACUUCCCUCCCUCCCCUACGAUCUACCGCCGAGACAGAAACUGGCCAAGAACAUCCCCGGAUCGCCCGAGGACAAGCCGCAGAUCCACGACAAGACAUGGCCGAUCUAUGGACCGAUCCAAAAGUAA